AUGCGUGAAGAACAAAAACAGACAUCAACUUCUCCAUUUGAUUGUGUUGUUUGUGGUGCUUAUGUUUAUGGAAAUAAUUCUGGUAUAAGAAUAUGUUUACCAUCAUCAUUACCACCUUGUCGAGCAUGUCGAUUACAAAAAUGUUUAUCAGUUGGAAUAGAUUUUAAUUUAUUACGACCACGUUCAGAAAGCAGUCCACCUUCGAUAUUAGUCGACAAAUUCUUCAAUAAUAUUCUUGUUAAAACUUCAUCAUUCGAUGAUACUACUGUUCCAUCUACUAAACGAACAUCAUCUAAUACCGAUACAAAAAUAGAUAAUGAUGAAAUGAUAUUUGGUCGUACUCGUUGUUCAAGUGAUGCCACUGAUCGUCCAAAUACUUUUUUCCAUGAGGAUCAUUAA